AUGUCUGAUUCGCCCACAAAUGAGAACUCUUUCGAUAAACAACAAAGAGAGUUGCAACAGAUCGAUCUCUACAGAGAUACACCGAUUCGAUAUUUGGGCUAUGCAAACGAGAUUGGUGAGGCGUUUCGAUCGAUGCUUCCAAUCAUAGCAGUCAAGGCAACUUAUGUGAUAGCGUUAGGAUACGCAACUGCUGAUGCGCUUGAUAAAAGCCGAAAAGAACACAAGAAAACCUGGCCAACUGUCGAAGAACGAAGAAAGCAAGUAGGUAUUGCAGCAGCGGAUACAUUUCUCUGGCAAGCAUUGGCUUCGGUUGCAAUCCCCGGUUUCACAAUCAAUCGAGUUUGCUAUUUCACAGGGGAAUUGCUAAAAAGAUCCACCCGCUUGCCUGUUUCAAUUCAAAAAUGGACAACAACUUUUAUCGGACUUGGCGUUAUUCCAUUCAUUGUUCAUCCCAUCGACUCGGCUGUCGAAAUCGGAAUGGACAAAACUGUUAGGCAAUUUUAUAAACCAACCACGCAUCUG